GGGUGUUUUGUUUUUGUAGAAGCCGGUAUAUAUAUAUAUAUAUAUAGCCCAUGCGAUGUCGCGGGUCCGGCAGCUGUGUUCGGUGGGCCUUGGUGGGGCCGUGCUGGUGGCCAGUGUGCCAGUGCUGCUCUUUGGCUUUUCACCCACAGGUCAGGCCAAUGCCCGCGAUGAGGGCGGACACUGCGGUAGGUUGGAGGGCUACAACCACACUUCUGCCUCAUGUGAGAUCUUCGGAGGAUGCCAUACCUUCUGCCCCCGGAAUAAGUGCCAGUGCACCUCGCAGUGCAUAAACAUUGGGAACUGCUGCCACGAUUAUGUUCAGUACUGCGUGAACAAGAAGCACUCGGAUUUCGAGCUGCUCCAGGCUGAAAUGAAGCUGGAAAGGAUGGAGCGCGAGGGGGGCAUCAUCGGAACCGAAUGGAUCUUCUCUCUUGCUAUGAUCUUCUUCAUUUUCACAAUGAUCCUACUGAUCUUUCUGGUGAAUAGCAAGCACACGAGCAUCCAACAUUCGGUGUACCGGGUGAUGUGCACCACGGUGUCCAUCUUCGCAGCAUCCACCUCUUCUGUGGCGGUCCAUGGCAUCGUCAUCGAGCAGCUUUGGCAAGGGAAGCAGCCCGGGCUCCACCAGUCUGCGGGGCCGCUGGUUCAGGCUCGGAUCUACCUGGUCUUGACUUUGCUGUUUUACCUCUUCUCCAACUGGUGCACACAUUAUUAUUUCCGGUUGAAGCAGGAGGUCUUUGCGGUGGCCGAGCUAAUGAGCCACAUGACCGGCUUUAUGCUUAUCCGACUGGUGGGCAGUUUGCAACAAACUGUGAGGGAAUCCGAAUUGAAGGCACUGACAGUGGUGCUGGUUGUCUUCGUGCUUCUCAGGGUUGUGGUGGAUUUGGCCGAGUGGGCCCGGGAGAAGUUUGCGGCGACCGAUGCCUGGCACUGGCAGUUCGCUCUCAGCGGUAGUGGUCAGUGGAAUGAUCUCAGCCAUCUGCAAAGCCGGCGGCUGGAAGAGCUUCGCGUUCAACAGGCACCGGGUGAGCCGGACAGCGACUACACGCUGCUCAGACCCAUCUCCGUCUUGCUGGAGGCAGAGGACGACAUGGAGGAUCCCGAUCCCCUCGCAAGGUUCGGGCCGAUGAGGUGCGCGCUUUCUUCGCCGUCCUUCUGCGCAGGGGAGAUGCGGAGAGACGAGGAGAAGGAGGGCAGCAGCCAGAGCUGGCAGCUACGGCGGCACAGCCACUGGGAUGAGGCGAUGCAGACAGGGACCAUCGAGGGGGCGGCCCUGGCCAUCGGGUUCCUGGUGAUGCAGUCCGUGGUACUCUUCCACACUCACUACUUGCACUCCCAGGAAGGCUUGGUGCAGAAGCCAGAGUAUUGGUGGGAGAAGUACGUGCUGGCAGGCUGGGGCAUCGCUUUCGGCGUCCUCUUCUUCGUUGCGACCAUCUUGGAGCGGAACUGCAGCAACACCCUCACUGAGUUCCUCCGGGAGUGUUUCUCCGCCUCCAUGGGCUUCUGCUUCGUGCGCAUGGCGGAGCUCACCGCGCGGCCCUACUGCUCCAUGAUGGACACCAGCAUCAUUGUGGCCUUCCCUCUGACCUGGGCCGCCUUUAUUGCGACGGCCCUCAUCUUCAAAUUCUGUGAUCCAGGGGAUGAACCUGACAAGGGACCUGUGCCGGAGGAUGUCGCCCACCUGCUGCACAGCGCGGCCAACAGCUGCGGCAUCAUCGUGGGCCUGGCGUGGGACAAGGCCUUCGAGUCCCUGGCCAUCAACAUGACCGCCGGGUGGAAUGGCCACUACGUCAUCUCCAAGUGUGUGCUGGCCACCGUGGUCUGGGCCUCUGUGGUGCCCACCUGGCUCUGGUACUUGGUGCCCCAGGAGAAGAAGCUGGAGCACGGGGUGCCGCUUCGCUUGCGGGCCCAGAGCCAUCAUUCUCGACACUGACUGCAUCUUGGCAACCAAGACUUGCAGCGCAUUGCACGGAUUGAACCAAUUCGUGCAAGACCUCGUGUUUCGGCUCAGUGUCC